AGAUGUCAUUCGUUAAACAAAAAGUCGUCAUUUGUGAAAAAUAAUUAUUCUCUCGUCUUAAUCAAAUUUUUACGAAAAUUUUCAUAUAAAUUGCUGUCAAAUUGAAACUGUGCCAGCGACAGUGUUAUUGCAUUUACAACCCAAUAUUUUAGAAUAUCCUUAAUAAAGUUAACAAUGGCGUCACCUUCAACUUCCACAUCGCCAUUGAAUCCAAGCAGCGUUACGGCAACCAUGGAAACAGAGCCUAGUCCUACCACCUCCACAGAGUCUGAACCGAGUGAAAAGAGCAAAACCGACGGAGACGACAAAAAGGACGACUCAAUAUUUGAGUGCAACAUAUGCUUGGACACGGCCAAAGAUGCCGUUGUCAGUUUGUGCGGCCAUUUGUUUUGCUGGCCAUGCCUGCAUCAAUGGUUGGAGACGCGUCCGACCCGACAGUUGUGUCCCGUGUGCAAAGCGGCAAUAAGCAAAGAGAAGGUCAUUCCAUUGUACGGACGCGGCAGUACGAAUCAACAAGAUCCGCGAACGAAAGUUCCGCCACGACCAGCCGGUCAACGUGUCGAACCGGAACCACAGCCCGGCUUUCAGGGAUUCGGUUUCGGCGAUUCCAGUUUCAGCAUGUCGUUCGGCAUUGGUGCAUUUCCGUUCGGCUUUUUCACACAAACAUUCAACAUCGGCGAACCACGAGCGCCGUCAGUCAGUGGCACGGCCCAACUCGAAGACGAACAAUUUGUGUCAAAGCUAUUUUUAUGGGUGGCCUUGCUGUUUCUGUCCUGGUUGGUACUGUCCUAGUUUCCAUCUCGUCGAAAUGAUUGUGCAACGGCCGGGUUAUCGAAUCGAAAAUAAUAUUUUGACUGUUCCCCUCAACUUUAA